GGCGCCAGGCUCGGUGUCUCCAGCUGCCUGCGCGCGGUCCGUGCGGAGGAAGGCAUGGCGGCGCCCACGGCAGUUCUAGGGCCCUCGGUGCUCGGUCCGGGUGGCCCCGGCUCCAUGGCGCCCUGGUGCUCUGUGAGCAGUGGCCCAUCUCGCUACGUGCUCGGGAUGCAGGAGCUGUUCCGAGGCCACAGCAAGACGCGCGAGUUCCCGGCACACAGUGCCAAGGUGCACUCGGUGGCCUGGAGCUGCGAUGGCCGUCGCUUGGCCUCGGGGUCCUUCGACAAGACUGCCAGCGUGUUCUUGCUGGAGAAGGACCGGCUGGUCAAAGAAAACAACUACCGGGGACAUGGUGACAGCGUGGAUCAGCUUUGUUGGCAUCCAAGCAACCCUGACCUCUUUGUCACUGCCUCUGGAGAUAAAACCAUUCGCAUCUGGGAUGUGAGGACUACAAAAUGCAUUGCCACUGUGAACACUAAAGGGGAGAACAUUAAUAUCUGCUGGAGCCCCGAUGGACAGACCAUUGCUGUGGGCAACAAGGAUGAUGUUGUGACCUUUAUCGAUGCCAAGACACAUCGUUCCAAAGCAGAAGAGCAGUUCAAGUUUGAGGUCAAUGAAAUCUCCUGGAAUAAUGAUAAUAACAUGUUCUUCCUGACCAAUGGCAAUGGCUGUAUCAACAUUCUCAGCUACCCAGAACUGAAGCCCGUGCAGUCCAUCAAUGCCCAUCCUUCUAACUGCAUCUGUAUCAAGUUUGACCCCAUGGGGAAAUACUUUGCCACAGGAAGUGCAGAUGCUUUGGUCAGUCUCUGGGAUGUCGAUGAGUUAGUGUGUGUGCGGUGUUUUUCUAGACUGGAUUGGCCUGUGAGGACCCUCAGUUUUAGCCAUGAUGGGAAAAUGCUGGCGUCGGCCUCGGAGGAUCAUUUCAUUGACAUAGCUGAAGUAGAGACAGGAGACAAGCUGUGGGAGGUACAGUGUGAGUCCCCGACUUUCACUGUGGCUUGGCACCCCAAAAGGCCUCUGCUGGCAUUUGCCUGUGAUGACAAAGAUGGCAAAUAUGACAGCAGCCGGGAAGCUGGAACUGUGAAGCUGUUUGGGCUUCCCAACGACUCCUGAGAGGACCUGACAGAGGCCAGGCAGAGAAUAGAAGCAACCUGACCUGUGCUCCACCACUUAGCCACACCCCUAGCUCCCCUUCCUGUUUUUUUUGUUUUUGGUGUAUUUUCUGUUAGCUGUUUCCAUCCUUUUCCCUUGUUGCCAGCUAGCUACUGAGGACUUUGCAAGUAUAGGUCAUGGCCCGUUUUAGGGUUCUCUAAAGGAACAGAGCUGGUAGAAUGAAUAUAUG